AUGCACACUUAUCUGACAUAUUACGCUCUAUUAUACCUAUUUAAUACACUCCAGGCGAAGGUGUUUCUCUCACAGGGUAGGGAGCAUGCAGCACUGUCUGAGCUGAAGGCGUUCUUUGAUCCCAACGCAACGGGUGUUCACACUGAAGCACACGGAAAGGCUGGGCUGUUGCUGGGCCAAGUAAUGAAGAGGAAUGGAGUUGCGCACUCGAACAACAUCAUACUGGUGUUCAAACAGGUAGCCCAUCUCCGGCCGGACUGGGAGAAGGCGUACUAUGUACUAGGUGCGUACUACGAGGAGUUCCGUAGCCUUACAGAAGGCAGUACUGAGACUGUGGAUAUGAUGAUCAGGUCGGCUGAUAUCAGUCGCAGUAUCAUCCAGAACUACGGUCACUCUCUGAGACAUGGCACGCAGUACAUCUACAGAACCAUGCCCAUGCUGCUUACUGUGUGGCUAGACUAUUCCAUGCCUGAUUUCACUUCCAUGAAUUUGAAAGCCGAAGUUAGGAGGUCAUGCAGAGCUAAGCUAGAGAGAGCCCUCACACAGCGCAAUACACUUGUCACUAAACUCAUUGACGAUCUGCCGGCAUAUCAUUUCUACACGGCAUUCUCGCAGGU